CGGGAACACUUAAAAUAAGGAACGUAAAUGGGGCACACGGAGUUACACCUCCGUGGAUAAUAAGUGAUCUUAGCUUGCCUCCGUAUCAUACUCUGUAUGACAAUGCUUAGAGUCCAUUAUUCAGGUAUCGUACUGUUCUCUGAAUAUUAAAAUAGAAAAAGUUGCUCAUUGUGAAAUUGUCAGCGAACAUUUCUGUGGGCGAUGUGUCCUCGUUUCUGUGUUUAAAAAAAAAUAAAUUAGUUUAAGUGACAAAACGUGAAGGUUUCUCUUUAAAACAAAAUUCCUUCAACACGGCGCCUCGCUGAUAUAGAAUCAAGCAUUUUAAUCAACAUAAUGUCCACGGCUGAAAUCUCUCCAAGAUGUCAGGUAUUAGCUUUACGAGUCCGAUUAGAGGUGGUGGGCAGGAGCGUGGCGAAGCCCGUCACGCGAGUGGAGCUCUGAGCCCGGCGGAGAGCGAGGCUGCUGAAAGCUGGGAACCGGGGAAUGACAGACUGUGGGUGAAUCUAAACGGACUGCUGUCAGAGAGCGACAACGGAGCCCUGCGCAAAACAAAGUGCCGCGUCUCCAAGUCCGGAGGUGACCAACUCCGAAAACAGGACGUACAAGUUGGGUCGGACGAGCUGCUAAUCACUUGUUACCAGCGCUACGCUUUUGGUAACAUGCCCGCUAUCAAAAAGGAGAGACUGGAUGGGGAGGAUAUGGCAUUGGCUGCCUUCAACCAGCCAGAAUACCUUGCCCCUUUAAAUGCCACCUCUAUCCCUGUGGUGACCCCUCAUCCACCGGCGUACGAUCAUAUUUUCACCCAUCACCGCGCUUACUUGGGACUACACGACACCGCGCUGCAUCACCAACACCUCCACCACCAUCCCGAAGACUUAAUGCUGGAGAGGUUCUCCUCCAUCCCCGACUUUCAGCCGUUUUUUGACAACGGGGAGCCCUGCAUUGAGGUGGAAUGUGGAGAGAACAAGGCUUUUCUAUAUAUUAAUAAGCUUUGCCAGGGGAGCAAAGGACCCUCGAUCAAAUAUCGGGGCGAGUGGCUCACCCCGAACGAGUUCCAGUUUGUCAGUGGAAGGGAAACUGCCAAAGACUGGAAACGUAGUAUCAGGCACAAGGGGAAAAGUCUGAAGACCCUUAUGUCCAAAGGCAUCUUACAGGUACAUCCUCCAAUCUGUGAUUGCCCUGGGUGUCGAAUUUCCUCUCCAGUGAACCGCGGGCGCCUGGCGGAGAAGCGCUCCGUCCCCCUGCCCCCGACCCGCGUGCCCAAAAAGGAGCUGGCCUCCGUCUUCAGCAGCGACGACAGCGAGGGGAGCGAGAAGGCCGGCGGCGACCAUGCCGACAUCAAGCGGGAGGAGGAGCUGCACUUCAGUAUCAUGAGAAAGAGCCGCGACAGUGAACUCUCGACGAUCAUCUCUAACCUGCGGCACAGCAGACAGUACGGCAUGCCCGAGGGCCAAUCCUGCACUGAGAUCAAGAGGAACGAACCCACCAGCGCCGGCUCUGGAGCAGACCUACUAGGCAAGAGGCGAGCGUACUCCCCCAACGGCAGCGGCGAGUGUCCGCCCGAGAACAAGAAGUCCCGAAGCGCUUCUCCCAAAGAGAGUUCACACACCCCCGCACCGGAGCCACUCGGUCACAUGACCCCGGAGGAGCACUACAGGCGGAUGAUGUCAGCGCUGAAUGAGCAUGGGACCUACGAGGAGCAGCAGCAGCGGCUGUACCAGCUGGCCAACAGCAUGGGCGUCCCUGGGCACGAGCUGCUGCGUGUGCGGCAGGAGGCCUUGGCUGCAGUGCGGAACCCGGGAGGCAUGGAGGCCCACCUGCCCUCUGCUGGGAGCUCCUCCAGCCAGCGCCGGAAGCAGGGCCUGCCCCAGCACCGGGACGCCCACUUCUCCGAAAGGGAGAUGUCGCACCCUCCGCCCCUCCUGUCUCCUCAGAACGCCCCCCACAUCGCGCUGGGACCCCACCUGCGGCCCCCCUUCCUCGGCAUGCCCUCCGCGCUAUGCCAGGCUCCAGGGUAUGGCUUUCUGCAGCCGGCUCAGGCUGAGAUGUUCGCUCGGCAGCAGGAGAUGCUUCGCAAACAGAACCUGGCCAGGCUGGAGAUGUCGGCGGAGCUGCUGAGGCAGAAGGAGAUGGAGACCAUGCACCGGCAGCGGCUCCUGGGGGACCAGCUGGCCCUCCCGCCGGGGCUGCCGCCCGACCACCCGGCCCUGCGGAGCCUGCACGACAUCCCCGAGGGCCACCCGCUGCGUGAGGAGCUGAGCCGCCGCAGCGCCAUGCUGGUGCUGCGCCACAACAACGCGCCGCUGCUCUCUCUCAACCACCAGGGGGUGCCGGGCGCCACACCGCCCAAGGAGGCCGCGUCCCGCAAGACCUCCCGCAAGGGCGGCCACGGCAGGGGCGACUCGCAGGGCGGGCACCACGAGGCCAGGGACGCGCCGGCGGAGGGGCGGACGCGGGACCCGGAGGCGGCCGGGCAGGACGAGGAGAUGAAGGACUCGGAGAGCGACGCUGAGGCCGGUGAGGACAGGCCCGAGGGGAUGCCCAAGGUCGACGGGCACGGCCUCGGCUCGGAGCUCUGCCAGGGCAAGGACGGGACCAAACCCUGCGAGGGCGCGAAGGACCUGGGCGAGGCGUCAGGCCGCCUCAGUGCCCCCUGCAGCUCGGCGGGGCCUGAAUCUCCCAACCCGCACCACCUCUUCACCCCGGGACUCGGCAAGACCGAAGCCAAGUACCUGACCUCGGGGGCCGUGCCGCCUCUGCCCACCCUGCCCGCUCAGACCUUCCCCUUCGGCUUUCCCUACACCAGCCCCUACUUCACAGGCGCCAUGGGGGGCCUGUUCCUGGAUGGGGAGGAGGCGGUGCCCAUGGAGGACAUCAGCAAGUGGAGCGUGGAGGAGGUGUGCAGCUUCAUCGGCAGCCUGACCGGGUGUGCUGAGUACACACAGGUGUUCCGGGAGCAGGCCAUCGAUGGUGACACCCUGCCCCUCCUUACCGAAGAGCACCUGCUGAACAACAUGGGCCUUAAACUGGGCCCCGCCCUCAAGAUCCGAUCCCAGGUGGCGCGCCGCGUUGGCCGAAUACUCUACAUGACCAGCUUCCCGCUGGCUUUCCCCUUGCCGCCAUCUGCUCUGCGCCCCCCAGAAAGGGACCCCCUGCCCACGGAGAACCGCCCGCCCUCUGCCGGCAGCCCCUCCUCCCCCUACAGCGGGCCGCCCGCCUGCCGAGCCUCGCCCAAGCAGGAGAAUGGGAACGCCUCUUCCGCGGGUGUGUGCGACGCCCCGAAACCGCCCUCUUAGAAAUAACAAAAACCCCGCGACAGCUUUCAACUCCUGCCAGAGAGAGAAAUAAAGAGAACUAGAGAAAGGAGCGGUGGGGGUGGGAGUGUCUUCUCUCUGUGGAUGAACAUUCAGUUGCAUCUGCAAACUCUCCUGGAGGACUUUAAAGCAGAGACUAUUGUGUUUGGGCACUGGGAGGCGAAAAUUAUGACAAGAAACUGAAAACGUUCAGUUACCUUCGGACCCCUCAGUGGCUGAAGAGAAACAGAAUCCAAAGACUUGAAAACCGGGGGUUGUGGAGAAGACAGGAAAGCGUCAGGGAGUGGGAACGCAAGCAGACAGCUGCUCUUUAACAGCUUGCCAAAAAAAAAAAACAACCCACAAAUACAACAUUCUUCAGUGUCAGGCAGACAGACGCUACAGGAAACUUUCCUUUCCGGGAUGAACCACACGCUUGCCGGUGCCCAACACUUUCAGGCACAAAAAAAGUCAUAAAAUGCAGACAAUUUAUUUUCCUGUUUUCUUUCUUUUUCCAUUAA